AUGUCACUCACAGACAACCGCGCCCUGCGCAUCCUCGACCAUGCCGCCGAGAACCACUACGGCGUGCCCGCCAUGUGCUGCUACAACGUGGAAGGCAUCCUAGCCACCGUCCGCGCAGCCGAAGCCAAACGCUCACCCGCCAUGAUCCUCCUCUUCCCGUGGGCCGUGCACUACGCCGACGGAAUCCUCGUGCACGCUGCCGCGGAAGCCGCCCGCAACGCCUCGGUGCCUGUAACGGUGCACAUGGACCACGCGCAAACGCCCGAGAUCAUCCGGCGGGCCGCAGAUCUAGGCGGUUUCGACAGUAUCAUGGUCGACAUGUCGCACUACGAGAAGGCGGAGAACCUUGCCCUGACGCGCGAGCUGGUGGAAUACUGCCACGCGCGGGGUAUCGCCACGGAAGCGGAGCCUGGGCGCAUCGAGGGAGGAGAGGACGGAGUUGCUGAUACGGCUGAUUUGGAGGGGUUGUUGACGACCCCCGAGGAGAGUCAGGAGUUUGUUGAUACGGGGAUUGACUGGUUGGCGCCUGCUUUUGGAAACGUGCAUGGCGAGUACGGGCCGAGAGGUAUUCAGCUUGAGUAUGAGAGGCUGCAGUCGAUUAAUGAGACUAUUGGAGGCAAGGUGCGGCUUGUGCUGCAUGGUGCUGAUCCUUUUACGAAGGAGAUUUUCCAGAAGUGCAUUGAUUGCGGCGUAUCGAAGAUCAAUAUCAACAAGGUGUUGAAUAAUGAGUAUAUCAAGGUGCAGCAGGAGAAGGCGGGUAAGGUUCCGCUUACUACUUUGCUGGAGGAGGCUACGAAUGCUAUGCAGAAGGCCGUGGAGGGGUGCAUGGAUCGGCUGAACUCUACUGGAAGAUACCCUUGA